AUGUGCGAGCGAGUCACCCUCCCGCCGAUUUCUUCUCUCGAUUUUGCCUUCGACAAACCCAGCAACGAAAACACUCGUGCUCCCACCCAGCGCAACCGCGACACCUCUCUUUCGCCCCGGGGAUAUACAAGCCCCCCGGCCCCUCACGCUCCUUACGAACGCAGCAGCUGGGAUGCCGCUCGCCCGCCGACUUCGGGCCGUCCAUUCUUUACGACUGAGCACUACCAGGACGCCAGGACGCGUCCUAGUGCGUACGAAUAUCGUUCCAGCACAACUUUCCCUUCCCCUCCCCUGCCGGGUUCUCUCUCUCGCCGCGCUUCUUUCGAGGGCCGCCCUAUGACUGCGGACCGCCCGUUGACCGCGCCGACGUCUUCUCUCGGCGCUCCGGGCCUGGCGGAUGUCCAUCAGCACCGAACAUCGCAUGUGCGCACCGCGUCGCAGCUCUCUUCAAAGUCUGCGGACACCUGGAGUGAGUACGAUUCAGAGCAGAGGGACAGCCCCAAUGAAGGCCGUAUGCGGUCCUUGUCUCCCGGCGGCAGUCACUUCGCGCAUGCGCCCCCUCCCGAAACGCCUAUGUCGACCCACUUCAACCCUGAAGUUCGCUUCAUUCACUCCUCUCCGAGCGAUGUGAAGUCUCGCCCGACCACCUCCGCGAGCCGUCCCACUACCUCGGUCGGACGGCCGCCGAAAGCGUCUGCGGCGAAGAAGCGCAAGGUCGACGACCGCGAUGCUCUGUCCGAGGACGAGCUCGCGAACGACGAGGCCGAAAGUCCGGACUCGCGUCAAAAGGGCGAAGGAUCAGACGACAAGCGCAAGUUCAAGAAGAUGAUGAAUGUCCGCCAUUACCGUGCCCAGACCAAGGAUGCCCUACAGUCCCUGCGCGAUGUUCUUCCCGAGAGCAUGCGGCCGCAGGAACGCCAGGCUCGGUCUUUCACGGUCGUCAAUGCGGUCAAGCACAUCGAGAACAUCACCGGGCAGCUCCAUAAGCUGCAGCGCGAGAACAUGGAACAGGCCGAGCGCCUUUAUCGCGCCGACGUGCGCGAGCGCGAAUUGCUCAACAAGGUCGCGGCCCUUGAGCAGGCGCUCGGGCAAUCCGGCGGACGAAGCUUUUCUUCUUAUGAGGAGCGGGUGCCGGCCACUCAGCAGGCGGGGGACCGCGCGUAA